AUGACGAACCGUGACCCCGAUUUCCGCCAUCAACUGGGCAGGUUCCGUCUCCAAGUCGAUCCCCCUCCAUCCUCGCAGCUGCCCCUCCCGACCUCGUCCUCAACGCCCGCGACUUCGCUUCACUCGCCGUCAACACAGUCGACGGCCGCUCCCCCUCCGUCUCUACCGCACCGUCUCACAUCGCGUCCCAAGCGCGUCUCAACUGCCUGUGAUUUCUGCCGCAAACGGAAGAAGAAAUGUGACUUUCGCUAUCCUAAUUGCUCCGCCUGUACUCGAGCCGGUGUGCGUUGCACCAUCGCGCCGCCCGGCCCGCAAAUCACAAACUCCGUUCCUCGCGACCAGCUCGAGCGGCUUCAGGACCGUGUACAAUGGCUAGAAGAGAUUGUCCGGCGCAAGACUGGUGUUGCCGUCGCGGACAGACCAACUGGCAGCGCGUUGGACGAGGAUGGCGACUCGAAUUCCUGGCACCAGCUGCCUGCCAUCUUGAUUAAGGUUGAUCCUAGCAGUCCGCAAGACGCUUCCACAGUGGGAGGAUCUACAAGCGGUCUCGAUUCAGGCGCGAGUCCAGCGUCAAACGAUCCGUCGGCUGUGGGAACUGAGCUUCCCAAUGUUGGUGAGAUCUUUCGCGACAAACUCGAACACCGUCGCCCUUCCAUAGCCCGACCCGUCGUUUCCGCUUCCCCAUUGCAUUUUCUCCGACUGGCAUCGUUAGAAGAAGCCGAGCGAGUGGCUGGGCAGUAUUUUGAUAGCAUGGGGUAUCAAUAUCCAUUUCUCCACCGUGUCGAGUUUUUCGACAAUCUUCGACGGAUCUAUGCUGGCGAAAUCCUCAGCCCGGAGGUACACCACAGCUAUCACAUCACCAUCGGCAUUUCCCUGCUUAUCGGGUCUGCGGAGGAUGCUGAGACGAGGGCUAUGGAGUUUUAUCGCGCAAAUCUUACGGCGCUCCGCGCACUGCUCAGCCUGGCUCUUUAUACCCUGUUCGCGACCACCGGUCCCAGCAUCUGGCACGUUCUGGGCACCGCUCUACGACUUACUACCAGCUUAGGUUUGCACAAAGCACGGCACCCCACCAAUUUACACGAUGACGAAAUGACUAAGCGCGCCUUUUGGAGUCUUUACAACCUGGAUCGACUGAUCGCAAGCACAUUAGGCAGGCCACUGGGGAUUGCUGACGAGGAUAUCACGUUAUCCCUACCACGAGAGUUAAAUGACGACGGAACCGAAACGCCAGGAGCCAGCUCCAUGACCAUUCCAAUACAGGUCAUUAAGCUGCGCCGCAUCUUCUCCCGAAUCUAUCGUUAUCCCUUACUAAAGAGUCUAAUGCCCACAGUAUACAGCACAAACCAGCCCCCACCAACCCCCACCGAACUCUCCAUCAACCUGCGACACUUCCGCCAAGAACUUGAUGAAUGGCGCAGCACCAGCCCUGUCUACCCGCCAGCCCUUCUCUACUCAACUAGUUACUUCGACUAUCUGCAUGCCACAACCCUUCUUCUCCUCUACCGCCCCAGCCCACGCAACCCAACCCCGGACCAAACGAGCAUCAUCAGCUGCGGCAACGCUAGCGUUGCCGUGAUCCGCUCCUACUGGGAAAGUUACUGUGCCGGUAAACUGAAAUGGAUUUGGCUCACGCUCAGUCAGCUCUAUUUCGCUGGCAUAACGAUCCUCUGGUGCUUGAAUCGAAACUUUCACAGCGUGAACGAGGGGCUCGGACCCGUUUGGGAGCCAGACGAGUUGAUGAUGCGAAGGGCGAUCCAGGCCGUCGUUGUUAUCCUCGAAGCUUUCGGAAAACGUAGAGCUGGAGUUGAUAAACUGGCUGAGACGUUCCGCACGCAAAGUACCACUAUCUUCAGCCAUUUGGCUUAUCAGCGGCAGCAGCAGCAGGCUAUGGUACCUCCGCCGGUACCUCAACCGCAGCCGGUGGUAAAUCCAGUGUAUAUGGCGCCGCCAGUUCCGCUGGCUCCGGUUCUGGACGAUGUGUUGUUGGUUGAUGCCUCUAGGACAAUGCCCGUUAUGGAUCCUCAGAUGGCAGAGCAGUUGUUUUACUCUUACGAUUGGUUUCAGGAGGAAAUGGCGACGUAUUAUACCUUAUAG